CUCCGCUACACACUGAAACCACUGAUUUUUCCCUGAAUCGCCGGUUUCUUAUUUUAGAACAGUGGGUGUGCGGUGGUCGUCCUUCUUUUCCUAAUUUGGAGAAGGGAUCCCCCGUUGUACCAAAUUCCGUCCCCCGUCGGCGAUACGGAAUGACGCGAAUGCGGUGACGUGGGAUUGGGCUUCUGGUGUUCUGGGAAUACGCUGCUGCUGCGCCUCAGGACCGCACGUAAAAGGAAAAUAUUCCAUGUUGUCCUGUGUUGGUAGCUAGUUGGAGAAGGAUAGACGAGAAGACACGAUAAAAGGUUGGCCGACGCUCCUGCCUUCGGCCUCUCUCCUCGCCUGCCUGCUCUGUGCCAUGUCACUGGAGGAGCCGUCAGACCUGGCCAAUCAGAACGCGGUGUCUGUGACCUCAUCUUCGUCCCCCUCGCUGACCUUCGACCUCCGCUCCCCGCACGGCGUGAGGAUCGAGGCCGAGCUGAGCUGCAAGGGCAAGGCCAAGGGCACCGCCUCUUCGUCGUCCACCUCCUCCUCUUCCUCCUCGCCGAAAAACCGCCGCGCCCACCUGAGCCCGGCCAACGGCAGCAUGGUGGGCGUCGACGAGGGCGCGGCCAAUCAGCAGAGGAACCAAGAGAACCUGGCGGCUCGCCGAGGGAGCCAGGAGCUUGUAGGAGGCGGCGGCAACAGCAACACCAAGUGGGUCAAAGAGGGUCAGAACCAGCUCCGCAAGGUGGCCGAGAAGCAGCAGGACCUGAACUGCAACCGCUACCAGAACCACGACCAGAAGGAGGGAUUGGCCGGGGAGGAGAAGAAAGAGGAGGAGGAGAAGGAGAAGAGCUUGAGGGAGCUGUGCUCAGAGCUGGAGGCCAAGAACGCAGCCAAUGAGCCGCUAGUCAUCGACACGUCCGCCCCGUCGGCACGGCAACGGGAGGAGGAGAAGGAGGGAGGAGAGGAGAGAGAGGAGGGGGUGGAGGGAGAGGGGGACACUGUUCCGAGCCCCGGAGACGGAGAGAAGGAUCCGGACGCUGACUCCUCCUCGGACACCUUGAGCCACAGCGAGUCUCGGAGGGAGGGGGGCUGUUUCGGGAGCAGGGGCCCGUGCCUGCUGUUCCAGGGCCAGGUGGGGGCCCCCAGCGAUGAGGAGGCCAGCUGGGCCUCCCUGUCCCAGGACAGCCCUGGGGACUGCACCCCGACAGGGGACCCAGAGUCGUACUGGGACCACAGUGCUUUUGAGACGGACUCAGAUUUGCCGGCGGGGUGGAUGCGGGUUCGGGACACCUCGGGGACGUACUAUUGGCACAUCCCCACGGGCACCACCCAAUGGGAGCCCCCCUCACCGCUGGAGGAGGGCGGGGCCCGGCGGGACCCCUCCUCCAUGUCCCCCGCCAUCACGCCCACCGAGGAGCCCGAGCUGACAUGGAGGGGCGUUUCUCGGCCAAACAAGUUUGAUGAUGCUGACAUCUGGAAGGAGGAAGACGUGGCGCCGGACAGAAGCCUGAAGGAGUUUGAGGGAGCGACCCUGCGUUACGCCUCCAUCAACCUGAGCAGCUCACAGUCAGAGGAGCAGAAGAAACUGACCUCACUCAACACUGACCUGGAGUCAAAGUGCUUUGCAGUGCGCUCGCUGGGUUGGGUGGAGAUCUCUGAGGAGGAAAUGGCUCCUGGAAAGAGCAGUGUUGCCGUUAACAACUGCAUUCGCCAGCUGUCCUACCACAAACACAACCUGCACGAUACCGUGGGCAUCUGGGGAGAGGGUAAGGACAUGCUGCUGGUUCUGGAGGAUGACACUCUGAAGCUGAUGGACCCACUGGAUCAGAACCUCCUGCACGCCCAGCCCAUCGUCAGCAUCCGCGUCUGGGGCGUGGGCCGUGACAACGGCAGGGACUUUGCGUACGUGGCGCGGGACAAGCCCACCCAGGUGCUGAAGUGUCACGUGUUCCGCUGCGACACGCCCGCCAAGAACAUCGCCACCAGCAUGCACAACGUGUGCUCCAAGAUCAUGGCGAAGAGGAAGUCCUCCAGGCCCUGCCUCGGUCGGCUCGACAUCGACCCCUCCAAACUGGUGGAGAUUCCCUUUCAGGAAUUCCCUGCUCCAAAGAACGAGCUGUUCCAGCGCUUCCAGGUGUGUUACCUUGGCAACGUGCCAGUGGCCAAACCCGUAGGUAAGGAACGCUUCGGUGUGGACACAGUGAACGUUGCCUUGGAGACGGCGCUGAAGGCGAAGGAGAAGCCCGAUUGGACGCCGGUGACCGUGGACGUGGCGUCGGCCACCCUCACCAUACGCUGCACACAGACAGAGGAAGUGAUGUCGGAGUGCCGCGUGCGCUUCCUGUCCUUCAUGGGCGUGGGGAAGGACGUCCGCUCCUUUGCCUUCAUCAUGGCCGAGGGCCCGGGGGACUUCAUCUGUCACAUGUUCUGGUGCGAGCCCAACGCGGCCAGCCUAUCAGAGGCCGUGCAGGCGGCGUGCAUGCUGCGGUAUCAGAAGUGUCUGGACGCGCGCCCCCCCCCCUCGGGCUCCUGCCUCCCCGGGCCUCCAGACUCUGUGGCUCGCCGCGUCGGCAGCAGCGUCAAGAAGGGCGUGCAAAGCCUGCUGGGAAACUUCAGAUGGGCGGGGUCGCAGACGCCAUGAAGGAGCCCAAACACCUCCCCCAAUCACACGCCUCCUCAGCACUCCCUCCCCCAAUCACACGCCUCCUCACCACUCCCUCCCCCAAUCACCCGCCUCCCCCAGCUCCCUCCCCCAGUCACACUCCUCCCCCAGCUCCUCAUCCAAUCAGGCUCCUCUCCUAACUCCUCCUCCAAUCAGACUCCUCCCCUGAAUCCUUAUCCAAAAUAUUAAAAUGGGCGGGAUCCCUGGUGCCCUAUAGGAGAGAGGAAGGAACCCCAGUUCCGCUAAACCCCGCCUCUUCUGUCUGUGAGUCCCUCUGGCUCCUGGGUGUGAGAAUCCACCUCCUGAGAAACAGCUGUGUGGAGUCCCUUACAGUAGAGUAGUCUUAUCAGCUGGAAACACCUUACUUUCAUAUCCUCCCUGUUCUUCACUGGAACUGACUGACGGAGUCGGAGUGGCCUGUGGCUGACUACUGACACCUGCUGGGCCGGUGGUGGGAGUGCCACGGAGGCAGUGAUGAGUACCACAGCUUGCCAAACCUGGUGGGAUGUGGAGGAACGUGGACUCCUCCCUGAUCGCCUUUCUGACGCGCGUUUACACGAUUUCGCCCGCGUCGUGACUCGCGAAGGAACUGGAGCAACUGGAUCACUGGAGCUUUUAUUUAAUGUAGAUAUCUGACAUUUUUACAUUCGUUUUUUUUUUCUUAUGAAAAGAAAACAUCAAUUGUAGUCUUCCAGUAGAAGAAGAGGUUCUGGGUGGACAUUGGUCAGUGGUCAUCUGAUGGGCGGCGCUGAACUGCUGAUCGCUGAUCGGCUCGUGCCAAGUGGAAGGUUUUGCUCUUCACGGUAAAACGAGGUUGUAGCUUAUGGUUGCCACACCCCUUUCUGGUGUCACUCUGACAUCGCUGGUGAGGGGGCGUGGCCUGUGCUGUGCUGUUUCGUGUGGUCUUUUCUCGUAUCGGACACGCCUUUCUACUGUAUGUGUUAGUGCAUGAAAUGAGCAAAGCGCUGUUUUUGCAUGCAAUAAUAUGACCUUCCUGUGUGUGAGUGAGAGUGAGAGUGAGAGUGUGCGCGUGCACGUGUCUGAGAGUGUGUGUGCGCGUGCGUGCGUGCGUGUGUCUGUGUCUGAGAGUGAGUGUGUGUGUGCGCACGUGCAUGUGCGUGCGUGUGUCUGAGAGUGAGUGUGUGUAUGUGUGUGUACGCGUGCGUGCGUGUGUCUGAGAGUGAGUGAGUGUGUGUGUGUCUGAGAGGGAGUGAGUGUGUGCAGGGCUGUAGGCUAACAUUUUUUCAAGGAGCACAUGUUGAAAAAUUAAGGAACACUAAUGCAUCUCAAUUCAUAGUUUCCAGUUGGCACACGCCAAUGGGAGUACUGUAGAGCCCUGGUGUGUGUGUACAUGAGCGUGUGUAUGUGUGCGUGUAGGGUCGCGGCUGUGUGUGUGUGUGUGUGUGUGUGUGUGUGUGUGUGUGCGUGUAGGGUCGCGGCUGUGUGUGUGUGUGUGCGAGAGUGUGUGGGUGUCUGUAUGGCAAAGAAAAAAUUUUCACGCAGCUUGUGUGUUUGUGUAAUUUCGGGGACGGGGGAAGGGGCACAGGUGUGUUUAAACCCACUGAAUGUGCUUCCUAAACCGUGUUAAAACCAGCAGACACACAGAGGAUCUCUGCUUUGUGUUGCCAUCUCAUUAGUGGUGUCUAGUGUGUGGUGAAGAACAAGCCAAUUUUUCUUCACCAUACCAAUUUUUUUUUGUUGUCGAGUAUUCACCACAGCUAUUCUUGAAAAUGUGCUGUUGCGCCUCUGUAAUUGUAAAUGGUGUCGUGAUUUGGAAGGGGGGGGGGGGGUGCCUAAAAUGACCCCUCCCUCUGUCAGGACUGGAUUUAAUGGGUUAAGUUUAAUGAGUCCAAGGAAUCCGCUCCAUAACUGUCUGUGCCACUGCUGUCUUGGUCGCUAACGGCAACCUUACACACCUUUCUCUAAAGUGGAUACGAUGUCCGACUGCCGCGUGUGUGUUUCAGACAGUCAGACCCGGGUAUGUAACCAUUUUGGAUUUAAAUAUUUUACUGAGCUUGUCUGGUGUAUUGGAACCUAUGCAAUACUAUCAAUAAGUGCACCUUCCGGUCCUCUCUGUUGGUUCAGUGGCACCAGGCAUGAUCAAUUGAGCAAAGAAAAGUAUUUGAAUCUAAAACAAUUUGACCCUUUGUUUAGUGUCAGUACUGCUGAGGGAAAUGUUGGCUUUCAUAAAGGCAUCACCUCAGGUCAGUGUGUGUCAGUGCUGCAAACUAAAGCAUCACUUCUCAAAGAUGUCAGUACUGCACACAGAACGGUAGGCGCCAACUGUAUUUUUGUGUGUGUAGAGCAGAGUUAACUGGAUUUUAUUUUUACCUGUAACUUUAUGUAACACAUCCACAUUCACUGGAAUAAGCUGAGCUAUGGUUUCAAUUUGUAUGCGUGUGUGUGUGUGUGUGUGUAUGUGUGUGUGUGUGUUUGGCAAUAUUAAUGGGGUUGUAAUGUUGAGAAGCUGGUUUUUCAGAGGAAAAGGCCUUUCCUUGUGGUGGUAGGGAUGCCGGUCACUUGAUGUGAUGAGUGAGCUGAGUAAUUCAUGCUUGUCCUGGGCGGCCAUCUUUAUGUCCCAUUUGUCCUCUGUUGGCGACCAUCUUAGAGUCCAUCUGAGAACUGUCCCUCUGAAGUCAUGGCUGUGAUGCAAGAACUUAUUUGAUUUUUACAGGAUUGUUUUGAAUUAUUUUUAAAAUUAUGUAAAUUUGGUGUGAUGUAUAUACAUGUAUAUUAAUGUAAAGUGUCACUGUAAAAAAAAAAAAAACAAGAAUUAAAAUAAAAAGAUGCGCACAUAAAA